AUGUAUUACCGAGAUCAAAACAAGAUCACCUCCCCCUUGCAUCAUGCUUUGGAAGGCCACCAUCACUCUCAUGGCAGUCCCCCACCACUGCACGAAGAGAUUGAGGGAGACGAAUAUGAUGUAGAAGAUCGUCAUUUCUCCUCGAUUUCGUUGUCGAUUUCGCUUGGUUUCCUUGGCACGAGUCAUCUCGAUGAGGGAGAAGAGGGAUCUUCGACUCUUCCUCUAGUCGUCGAUGAAAGGGAGAAGCCGUCGAUGAAAGGGAGAGAUCCCAGACCCCGGGAACCCCCAAUUUCUCGAACACCCCAUAACCACCUCUGUGGCCAUGGAAACCUGCAUUUCUCACACAAAGAAGCUGUUUGCUCAUCUUUGACAUCUCAUAAAGUCACAAAAUCUACUGGCAGUUCUCAGAAUUUCAUGGUUCAGAUGAAACCUGGAAAUCAAACAAAACAAGGGAUGGCAGUGGAUUGUGCAAAAUGGGAUUCAUCGGUUCCGAUGACAGAACUGGAAAAGGAAGAGGCGAUGGACCCAGAAGUAGAAAAGUGGAUGCAGGCCAAGCUGAGAGACAAGUGCAGAGACGAGAGUGGUGGAGUGGAAGAGCAGUUGGAAUGCUUGGAAAGAGAAGUGAUCAUGGGAGAAGAUGAGGGUAAAGAGCCUCUUGAUUACAAUAGGAGAGCUCAUAUCUUUGACAAGAGUUCCAGCGUUUUCCAGGCUCUCAAGGAGCGUUCAAAUCCUCCUCUUCCUCCUCAACAAUCUUAGCUGAAAAGUCUCCUCUUCUUUGUCAAAUCAGAAAAUGUUACGAAUUUAGAUUUUCAAUGAAUAACUUAUAAUACCUGUCAUUGUGGUUCAGUAAGAAAUUUUGGUAGAAUUGCUUCAAAUGUAACUGCAAAACAAUCAAAGAAACACUUCCUUCGUAUUCAUAUAAAUGAACUCUGGGAAGAACUGGAAAAUAUCACUACAAUUGUGACAAGAACAAAAACAAAUAGGUUCAAUCUUCAAAGAUCCAGGGAAAUUAUGUCACCAAGAUCAGCAACAAUAAGCUCAACAGUGGACCUAAAUUAUUCAUAUCAACUCUGUUAUCCAUUUU